GGCUAAAAAGCGAAGCGCAGCAAAGUGUCCACAUAAAAACACUUUUGCAAUUGUUUUGUGUUACAAAUUUUUGUCGGUUCAUAGUGGCUUCGUCUCGCCCCCGACUCCGCCUCGUGCGUGUGUGUGUGUGAGUGUGUGUGAAAACGAAAAUUAUCAACUUAAUAAAUAUUUUCAAAAAUGCAUAUGCAAACAACAAGCAACUUGCCACUUGGGCGUAUUUUUAAACAGUUUUUCUAAUUAAAAUCAAAUUGCAACAUAUAUUUUUGUAAAAAAGCAAAAGCAAAAGCAAGAAGAAGGUGAAAUAGCAAAACAGCCGCAAAAAUAUAUCAAAAUAAAAAUAUUGUGCUUAUAAUUGCACAGAUUAAAUACUCAUAAAUAGGCUGAGGCCAACAACAAAUUAACCAAAACAUAUCGCUCAGCUCUUCAACGAGAAUCUAUCUACAAAUUCGUCGAGUUCAAUUGCCUCAACACAAAACAAAAAGAAAAAAUAACCCAAUAAAAUAGAGAAACGGAAUGAGCACGAGCAGCUGAGAAGAAAAGAGCAUAGGAGCAUAACCGAGCCGACAUCCAACAACGACAACAGAAACUAAAAAAAAAACAACUACUCAACCUGAGAAAAAUGUCAGCAAACUUAGUACAAAAGAAAUCAAACAGAAAUAGAAACAGAAAAACAAAACUGAACAGCAACUACGAGAAGCAGGAAAAGGAGGCGGAGGAGGAGCAACAGCAACUGCAACAGCAGCAGACGGAAACGAAGCUAACAAAAACGAGUCCAACACAUAUUGCGACCAUAUCGCUGAUGCUGCAAUACGAUAUCGAUAAUACGCUGAAUGCGCUCAAGGAGCACACGCAUUCAAAGACGCGGCAACGCAAUGCGCUAAUGGAUCUGGCAACAAACAACCACAGCAACAGCAACAACAGCAACAGCCACAAUAACAAUUGUAAUCACAACAAAGACGAGGAUAAUAAUCUCGAGGAGAUGCCAUCACAAACUCCAAUCUCAGCGGGCAGCCCCAGUGUCGAGGAGGAACUCGAAAUGGAGGACAUUGUCACGGGCAAAAGCUGCGUGGGAAUCAGCAAUGGGUUUAUGCCGCCCACGCCGCCAGCCACGCCCAAUUUGCAGAACACGGCGCAAAAACGUUGGCGCAUACUGGCGAAAGUGCUGCGCAAAGAUUCCGAGGAAACGGUGAGCUCCUCCAGCGAUGAAUUUAGCGAGGAACAAACGGCAUCGGUGCGACGCUUCAAGAGUUUUGAUCUGUUGCGUCAGGACAGCUUCGAGGAUCAUGUGAGCCUCAAGUGUUUGGGGAAGACGGAGAAUUGGUACAAGUAUCGCAUGCAGCUGCACAACGACAUCGAGUACUCGGUGAACAUUCACCACAUGGAACGCCAGCUGACUGCCAACGAUCUCAUGGGUUUCAACAACACCGGCAACAUUUGCGUCUGGCCCUCGGAGGAAGCUCUCACCGCUCUGGUGCUGUCCGAUCUGGCGGCGUAUCGCGGCAAAUGGAUCUUGGAGCUGGGCGGUGGCUUCACCUCGUUGGCCGGCCUCAUGUUGGCCAAGUAUGCCAAACCCUAUGCGGUGCAUCUGACGGAUGGCAACGAGGUGAGCGUGGAGAAUGUCCGCAAGACUGUGUGCCUCAACGAGCUGAGUUGCUACACCAAAUGCUCGGUGCUCAAGUGGCAGGAGUCCGCAGCUCGUGCCCACGCCGAGCAGGCCAAGUUCGAGUACAUCUUGUGUGCGGAUUGUCUGUUCUUCGACGAGGCUCGCUCCGCGCUGGUCGAUACCAUCUGGUAUUAUUUGGCACCCCUUGGCAUUGCGCUCAUCAUGGCGCCGCGCCGUGGUCGCACGUUGAAUGUGUUCCGGGAUGAGUGUGUGGCACGUGGCUUCCGUGUAGAGUUGGCCACGCGCUACAACGAGACCAUCUGGCAACGGCAUCUGCAGCUCAAGACGGACUCGGCGCUCUACGAUGAGGAUCUCCACUAUCCGCUGCUCUUGCGUCUUUGCAAAUCGCACAGCUAGAGCGAUGAAGAGGAAAAGAUAGAGGGGUGCGGGGCUACUAAAAAAAAAAAAACAAACACGAGGUACAAUUAAUGGCAAUGUCAGCUGUUGGGCCAGCUGGCCUUAGAAGUAGGUUCAAUUAAAGUUUAGUCAAUGUUUUAGUUGAUAGCAAGCAAAUUCCAGUUUACACCUAAAAUAUAUAAACCUAGAAAAGCUAACUGAAAGAGGCCCCUCAAAUAAAUGCAAAAUAUUUAUUAUAAAAUAUUUAAGUGCAGGCCUGCAUAAAGAAUUCCUCCCGCAAAAUAUAGCAACAAUUUUAAAAAUUGAAAGAACUUUUAAUUAUAAAUAUAUCAAAUUGUAGUAUAUAUUAUUUUAUUAUAUUUGUAUAUUUUAACCCAUAUUGGCAACUUUAGGUUUUAUCACAAAAUUCCUUUAACAUGUAAAUUUGAUUUUCGUUAAUUCCAAAUUUAUUCUAUUUACGAUAUACACACCAAAUACUCCACUAUAUAGUUAUAAACAAUUUGUGUUACUUAAAAUGUCGCCACACAAAAAGCACAAACAACAAACAAAGAAACACUAAACAAACACAGACACACAAGUAUUACUUCAAUUUAUUUUUAACGCUGUAUAGCAUAAUUUGUAGGCUGCUUUUUGUUAGACAAAACAAAUUUUCCUUAUACUAAAGAUAUUGUUUUAGAAAUAGAGAAAAGAAAAAACCAAAACCAAAAAC